CAAUUCUUUCUGUCUCCUCCGAGUGAUAACGCUUCAGUUGGGUACAUAGAAAAAUCUUGCCAUUUGCUAGUUGCUACUUGACUACUUCUCUCUCUCUCCUCGGAGUGAUAACGCUUCGGGGACGAGGGCCAACCACUGUCGGCGUGUUGCAAUUUCUGCUCGAAGUCUUAAACUUUUCUUCUGAAAGCCCGCCGAUUGCUUUGUUGGUAUGCUUUCUGUGAAUUCGUAAAUUUAGGUUUAUGGGUCUUCUCACCCACUGGCUGUAGGUGGAAGUUUUGUAGAACCAAACUCCGGUUUAGCUUUUUUUUCUACCUUCUUGUUCCUGUUGUCUUCUGUUCAUUUGAUUUUCUUUGGUGAAAGAAUAGGAUAAAAGCAGCUCAUGGAAGGGUUGUUGAGAACAAUUUCUCACCAAAAUUGUUUAAACCCUCUCAUUACGAAUCCAAAAACUAUUCAUAAUCUUCCAUUAGUUCAAUUGAGAGUUGGGUUUAUUAAUCAAAAACUCAAACUGGGUUUUAAUGGGAGAAUUUAUGCAAAUUUGAGUAAAAAUGAUGACCUGGUUAGCACUAGAAGUCUUGAAGGUGAUGAUGGUAAAGCGGUGGAAAAGAAUAGGGAUUGGGAAUUGGAAUUCGUUGGGGAGCUUGACCAUCCGGAGUUGGGAGCGCCCAAGAAGAGAAAAACGCAGCAGACAUCGAGAUUGCUCGAGGACACUGAGGGAAUGGAUUGGUGUUUGAGGGCAAGGAAGAGUGCUCUGAAAUCCAUUGUUUCAAGGGGCUUGACUAAAUCCUUGGAAAAUAUGGUUAACCUAAAAAAGAAAAAGAGAAAGAACAAGAAAAAGUUGGCAAGCAAGAAUAAAGUUAACAAGAAAGGCAAGGAAGGUGAAGAAGAUUCGGACUAUGAUUCAGAGGAAGAAUUUGAUUUAGAAGAUGCAAUGAAAACUACUAGUGGUGAUAUAAGUGACCUUAGAAGCAAGGUGGGUAUGCUUUCAGGUGGGAUGUUUGAAGAAGAGAAGGAGAAGAUGAAGGAAGAGUUUGUACAGAGGCUAUCUCAAUUCUCAGGGCCAUCAGAUCGUGGGAAAGAAAUCAAUUUGAACAAAGAAAUUGUUGAAGCGCAGACUGCACAAGAAGUAUUGGAAAUAACUGCUGAGAUGAUAAUGGCUGUUGGAAAAGGAUUGAGCCCUUCACCACUAUCUCCUUUGAAUAUUGCUACUGCACUUCAUCGAAUUGCUAAGAACAUGGAGAAGGUUUCAAUGAUGGAAACUCGUAGGUUGGCUUUUGCUCGCCAAAAAGAGAUGUCAAUGCUGGUGGGCAUGGCUAUGAUGGCAUUACCUGAAUGCUCUGCUCAAGGCAUCUCAAAUAUUUCAUGGGCAUUAUCCAAGAUUGGUGGAGAGCUACUUUACCUGUCAGAAAUGGAUAGGGUUGCAGAGGUGGCCCUGGCAAAGGUUGGGGAGUUUAAUUCUCAGAAUGUCGCAAAUAUUUCCGGUGCUUUUGCUUCCAUGCGGCAUGCUGCUCCAGAUCUCUUUUCAGGGUUGUCAAAAAGGGCUUCUGAUAUUAUUCAAACUUUUAAAGAGCAGGAACUUGCUCAGCUAUUGUGGGCAUUUGCUUCUCUGUAUGAGCCAGCUGACCCUUUGCUUGAAUCUCUAGACAAUGCUUUUAAAGAUACCAACCAACUUAGGUGUCGCUUGAAAGGAGAGAGAUCAAAUUUUAAUGAAGAGAGCAGUGUGGAAGUCUACCAAGAUAUUGCACCAGGAGAACCUUUUAGUUCACCUGUGCUCAGCUUUGACAGGGAUCAGCUUGGUAAUAUAGCUUGGUCAUAUGCUGUUCUUGGACAGUUGGAUCGUGCUUUCUUUUCCCAUGUGUGGAAAACCAUGAGCUCUUUUGAGGAGCAAAGGAUUUCAGAGCAGUAUAGAGAGGACAUAAUGUUUGCUUCUCAAGCUCAUCUUGUGAAUCGAUGCUUGAAGCUUGAGUACCCACAUCUUCAGUUAUCUCUGAGGGCGGAUCUCGAUGAAAGAAUUGCCCGUGCAGGGAAAACUAAGAGAUUUAAUAAGAAAACCACUUCAUCAUUUCAGAAGGAGGUUGCACGUCUUCUUGUUAGCACUGGCCUUGAGUGGGUUAGAGAGUAUGUGGUGGAUGGCUACAGUUUGGAUGCUGUUUUGGUUGAUAAGAAGGUUGCUUUGGAGAUUGAUGGACCGACACAUUUUUCGAGAAACACUGGGGUUCCUCUAGGACAUACCAUGCUGAAGCGCCGCUACAUUUCUGCUGCUGGUUGGAAGGUGGUGUCAUUGUCCUACCUAGCAUGGGAGGAACUUCAAGGUGGUUUCGAGCAGCUGGAAUACCUACGAAGGAUUCUCGGAGAUCACCUAGGAGAAAGCAACACAGACCUUGUAUAAACAGCAAGUUUUGGUAAUUGUUAUGGGAGGAGUAGAGCAUUAAGUGAUGGAUUUCUUGUGUAUCUCCUUUUGUUCGAGUAGAAAUGGUGGAGGGACGACCAUGAACGAAGGGUUUUGGUAAUUCUGUGGCAGUUUCAAGUCUUCUGAUCAAUUUUCCCAGAUGCUGUAAUCUACUACCUUGGUUCCAGAUUUGAAGCCCCUUUUGUAUUAUUAUUAUUUUACAUUUUUCAAUUGUCAUUGGUUCGCUGUACAUGGAACCGAGGCUUUGGUCAUCAGCUCCCUUGUCAUCAGGUUAUUAACUUC